AUGUCGGAUGAAUUUGUGGGGAUGGUUUAUGGAGAUGAAGCAAUGGUAUCGGUAGAAACCAAUGUUUCGGCUUGGAUGCGUAUUGCUUUUGAUGAAAACGCCAACUCAGACAGUCUGGAAAAUUAUGCAUAUCUAUUGGAUGAAGCCAAGGAAACGGCCCACAUAAAGGAUUUUCUGACCAAACAAAGAGUUGCUAGGGGAUUUAAUAAAGAAGUAAGUAAAAAAGGAUCUCACAAAGGAGAUCUGGUGUUGAAGAGAGUCAUUGAUCCUAAGGAAAAUGGCGAGGUAACUCCGAAGUGGGAAGGACAUUCCCGUAUCCGUGAGAAGUUAAAUAAUUGA